AUGGAUCUAAGGAUCUCUCAAGCCACAUCCCGUGCCACGUUUCACGAGUCAUCAGUUGCUGACUACCACCAACAAUGGAUGAUUCAAUUCUCUAGAGUUUAUAGCAAUGAAUCCGAGAAACAGAUGAGGCUUAAAGUGUUUGAGAAAAACUUGAAAUUCAUUGAGAAUUUCAAUAAUAAUGAGAAUCAUAGCUACAAACUUGGUGUCAACGAAUUCACCGAUUUGACCCAAGAGGAGUUCCUUGCUACCCACACCGGUCUCAAUGGCGUUAACCUAACCUCACUAUCUGAAGUGGUUGAUAAGACGAUGCCAUCUUGGAACUGGAACGUCAGUAACGUCGUCGCCGCAAGCAAAGACUGGACAAUGGAAGGAGCUGUAACACCUGUCAAAGCGCAAGGACAAUGUGGUGGCUGUUGGGCGUUCGUAGCGAUUGCAACAGUGGAAGCUUUGACAAGGAUUUCACGAGGAAAACUCAUGUCACUUUCCGAACAGCAGCUUAUAGACUGCAACAAAAUUAACGAUGGUUGCAGUAGCGGAAGAGUUCCAGAAGCUUACGAGUACAUAAUAAGAAACGGAGGCGUUACUACAGAUCUUCAAUACCCUUACCAGGUGAAAGUGGGGACUUGCCGGUCCAACACCGGCUCCGCCAUGCAGAUCAGUGGAUUCCAAACAGUUCCGGAGAACAACGAGCGUGCGUUGCUCGAGGCUGUAUCGAGACAGCCCGUGGCGGUGCUGAUUAACGAGAGGAGUUUCAUGCAUUACUCAGGGGGAGUGUUCGAUGCGCCCGACUGUGGGAUCAGCGUGAGUCAUGCAGUGACGUUGGUUGGGUACGGAACGACAAAGGAAGGGAUCAAGUACUGGUUGGCUAAGAACUCUUGGGGUACUACUUGGGGAGAGAAGGGUUACAUUAGACUUCGUAGAGAUGUGGAGUGGCCUGAAGGCAUGUGUGGUUUGGCUCAGUGGGGUUUUUAUCCGGUUGCUUGA